GGCUUGCAGUGUUUUGGUCCUGUUGCUUUAGCCGCUGCUAGGUUUUUUUGUAUAUUUUCAGCACUAUACGGGCAUUUUCCGUCUUAUAUUUUGGUUUAAGCUAGAGAAGGCAGUUUGGAUAAGUAUCGGGAUUGGCUUUUUGUUUCAACAGGUCGGCUAAACACGGGAGCCAGAGCUGAGUCUGUAUCAGGAUGAACAUUGGCUCCAAAACUAAGAAGCGGCAGGUCCUGCCCAGCCGCCCUGACCCCCCCACUGUGGAUCAGAUCCUGGAGGACAUCAACAGAGCCGCUGCCAACGACCCGCUCUUCAGCAUCCUGGAGCAGACUGGGCAAGACUUGUCGCGGCCCCCCGACACCGAGGUGGAGUCCCGGUUCCAGCAGUGUCGUCAGUAUCUAGAGCUGAACGAUCGGCUGCAGGAGGUGCGAGGACGGCUGCUGAAGCAGAGGGAGGAGCUAAGAGCGGCGGGGGAGCAGCUGCAGAGAGACGUGGAUGAGGUCAGACUGCAGAUGGCGCUGUCGUCCUGCCCCUACUGGUAGGAAGACAGCGCCAAAACCUGUAUAAACCAGCUGACGAGACACGUCACAGCAACAUCAUGUGACCACUCUGAGGAAGA